AUGAGACAAACAGCCCAGGGCCUAGGCAACCGCCAGUUUAGCAACAUGACAGACGACAACGGCAGCAACAGCAACGGUUACAGCAGCGGCCACGAGAGCAGAAGCAGCAUCAGUAGCAAAAAAAUGGCAACACGACGGGCGGAUGGGCUCAACUGCAGCAAGAGCAACGAGCCACUCGCCGGCGUGUUAGUGAACCAGAGUGGCACCGAAUAG